AUGCUCGGAGUCAAAGUCGCUGUGCUUGCCGCUGUUUCGUUACUAGCCAUUGCGAAGACGCAUGCCGAGAAUGCCGUCCACCUUCGCGUGCGUGUACACUCCAAGGUCACGUGCCCCAGCGGUCAGGAGAGUAUUGCAGUCGCGGGCUGGUCGGCAGAUGGAUGUGUUGCUUCUGGAAAAGUGUGUGUUGCUAACGUUGACGGCGAAUGUCCUGCCGGUGCCCAUUGCGCGUGGCUUGACACGGGCGUCUUUGGCUGCAAGGACGGCCCUAAAGUGGCGGCUGCUGGCCGGGUUGCUUGUACUGGCAGCGAACAGACCAUUGGUGUUGUGGGCUGGGAUCACGAUGGUUGCAUCUCUUCGACCAACGUUUGCGUUGCCCAGGUGAGCAACGGCGACUGUCCAGCUGGCGCGUACUGCUCGCUGCUUGACACGGGUGUCUACGGCUGCGUCGCUAGCUCCAAGAAGCAUCAUCAUCAGAAGUCAAAUGUAAAGGCAGCUCCAACCUGUCCGGCUGGACAAGAGAGCAUUGCAGUCGCGGGCUGGUCGGCAGAUGGAUGUGUUGCCUCUGGAAAAGUGUGUGUUGCUAACGUUGACGGCGAAUGUCCUGCCGGUGCUCAUUGCGCGUGGCUUGACACGGGCGUCUUUGGCUGCAAGGACGGCCCUAAAGUGGCGGCUGCUGGCCGGGUUGCUUGUACUGGCAGCGAACAGACCAUUGGUGUUGUAGGCUGGGAUCACGAUGGUUGCAUCUCUUCGACCAACGUUUGCGUUGCCCAGGUGAGCAACGGCGACUGUCCAGCUGGCGCGUACUGCUCGCUGCUUGACACGGAUGUCUACGGCUGCGUGGCCAGCUCCAAACACUAA